AUGAAUAAGCUAAUUGGGCUUCUGGGCAGAGAAAGGGUGACCAUAGCCAGCAAGACUGCUGUACUGGACACAAUACUGAGAAACACAGAUGAAGAAUGUGCAUCAUUCACCAAACUGAGCAUUCAUAGUGCUGUAGUUGGGACCGAACUCGAUGUAAGGUUGUUGCUCUACACAAGCGUAAACAGUAACUGUGCACAAAUCAUCAACUCCACAUUUCUGGGGAAAUUGAACGUCACCAAGAGAACCACCUUCAUCAUCCAUGGAUACCGGCCCACAGGGUCCCCUCCAGUGUGGAUUGAGGAUUUAGUUCAGGCUUUGCUUUUGGUUGAAGACCUGAAUGUGAUUGUAGUGGACUGGAAUCGAGGAGCUACCACAGUCGUAUACAAUCAUGCCUCGGCUAAAACCAGGAAAGUAGCAGAGAUUCUGAAGAUCUUUAUCGACCGGAUGUUGGAAGAAGGCGCUUCCCUUGAUGACAUCUACAUGAUUGGAGUAAGCCUUGGAGCCCACAUAGCUGGGUUUGUUGGAAAGAUGUACAGUGGACAGCUGGGCAGAAUCACAGGUCUCGACCCUGCGGGGCCUUUAUUCAACGGGAAGCCUCCGAAGGACAGAUUAGAACCCGGGGAUGCUCAGUUUGUUGAUGUCAUCCAUUCCGACACUGAUGUCCUGGGCUACAAAGAUCCUUUAGGAAACAUUGACUUCUACCCAAACGGAGGAACAGAUCAACCUGGUUGUCCCCAAACAAUAUUUGGUGGCAUGCAGUAUUUUAAGUGUGACCACCAGAGGUCUGUGUAUCUGUACCUUGCAUCCUUGAGAGAGAACUGCAAUGUCACUGCCUAUCCCUGUGACUCCUACCGGGAUUACAAGAAUGGCAAAUGCAUUACAUGUGGCCUCUCUGACAAGCAGCCCUGUCCGCUGCUGGGUUAUUAUGCUGACACCUGGAAAGACUAUUUAAGGGAGAAAGAUCCUCCAAUGACAAAAGCGUUCUUUGACACUGAUGAGAAGAAGCCCUUCUGUGUAUAUCAUUAUUUUGUGGAUAUUUUAACUUGGAACAAGAACACAAGAAGAGGAUACAUAACGAUCAAACUGACAGACCAAGCUGGGAACAUCACAGAAUCCAAAAUCAAGCAUGAACCUGCUACCUUUCAGCAAUACCACCAAGUGAGCCUGCUUGCAAGAUUCAAUCAAGACCUGGAGAAAGUGGCAAACAUCUCCUUGGUGUUCUCCACAGGGUCAAUCAUAGGCCCGAAGUACAAACUCCGGAUUAUUCGAGUGAGGUUACAAUCACUAGUCCAUCCUGAAAGGCCCAAAUUGUGUCGAUACGAUUUGGUAUUGAUGGAAAAUGUGGAAACAUUUUUCCGCCCUAUUUCUUGCCCGUUUGUUGCAGCUGUAACUGCUGUCAGGAAAGUGGACACAGAAAGCCAUAAUGAUGGACUUUAA